AGUUUUAGAACCCUCCCUACAUGUAAAGCACGGUCGCGUCAUGCUGCACCUCGCCAAACUCAUCGAAAUCGCCACCUUCCCUGCUGGAGUGCUGGUUAAAGGAUCAAGAGUCUGUCAGGCCUUAACACUUUGUGCUGCUCAUGGCUUCGGCGUCUAAAAUUUGUAAUAUGACGCCUUGCGUCAAAACGGGGCAUGCGUCGAAACAAAACCUCGUUGAAGUCCAAAGUUUAUCUUGCCGUUUGUAUUGGACCAAAAUGCUUCAACCAGCCCUAAGCUCCUGCUCACGAGCAGCUCAUUUGACGAUUCCACUUAUUCUCGCCACUCGCUACUCGCUACUCCGCUAUGACUGAAGCCUCGUGGGACUCGCUGUCGUAUCUGCCGGGCUUCGGCAAUGAUUUCUGCUCCGAGGCGCUGCCGAACGCGCUCCCCAAGGCACAGAAUAACCCGCAAAAGUGCGCAUACGGUCUGUACGCAGAGCAGCUCUCGGGCACUGCGUUCACGCUACCGCGCCACAAGAACCAGCGCAGUUGGCUGUACCGUAUCCUGCCGCCAGUGGUGCAUGAGAAGUAUCAGGAGGUGGAUCACCCGUUUGUCAAGGCUGAUUUUGCCAAGGAGAAGCUCACGCCGCAGCAGAUGCGAUGGAAGCCUAUGCCCUUCCCUGCAGACUCGGAGAAAUUGGACUUUAUCGAAGGACUACGCACCAUUGGUGGAGCUGGAGAUCCGACAAUGAAGGCUGGAAUGGCCAUCCACAUGUACGCUGCCAAUGUGUCCAUGAACGACAAGUGCUUCUACAACUCGGAUGGAGACUUUUUGAUCGUUCCUCAGACUGGCGAUCUCAAAAUUACGACGGAAUUUGGUCGACUUAAAGUGUCACCGCACGAGAUCUGCGUCAUUCAGCGCGGAAUUCGCUUCUCGGUUGAGCUGGACGGUCCUUCUCGCGGUUACAUUCUGGAGGUGUACAACCGUCACUUCGUCCUGCCAGAUCUUGGUCCUAUUGGCGCUAAUGGUCUCGCCAACCCGCGGGAUUUCGAACACCCGAGCGCUGCCUACGAAGAUCGCGACUGCGAAUACUUGGUCGUCAACAAAUUUGGUGGCCAACUGUUCUCCGCUCGUAUGGCCUUCUCUCCGUUCAACGUCGUGGCUUGGCAUGGAAACUACGUGCCGUAUAAAUACAAUCUGGACAAAUUCUGCACGAUGAACUCAGUGAGCUUCGACCACCCGGAUCCUUCGAUCUACUGUGUCCUCACGUGCCAAACGGAGGAGCCAGGCAAUGCCGUCGCAGACUUCGUUAUUUUUCCGCCGAGAUGGAUGGUUCAAGAACACACGUUCCGUCCGCCAUACUUCCACCGCAACUGUAUGAGCGAGUAUAUGGGUAUGAUCUACGGCACCUAUGACGCCAAAAAGGGAGGCGAGGACGGGUUUGCGCCUGGCGGUGCUUCUCUUCACAGCGUCGACACGCCACACGGUCCAGACGCUGCUACGUUCCUCGCUGCUUCCAAUGCGGAGCUUAAACCUCACAAGUUCGAUGGUGGACUGGCGUUCAUGUUCGAGUCGACGUACCUGGUCAAGUUGACGGACUAUGCGCUGCACUGCGACCACAACGACCAGAACUACUGGAAAUGCUGGCAGCAAAUGCCAAAGCUCUUCAACCCCAAGCAGGCUUAAGAUGUAGCACACAGACCUGUAUCUGGUAAAAAAAAAAAAAAAAAGUGACGUCAAGUUUACUGCCUUAU